CAGUAUCUAAUUGAUGAAGAUGAUUUCAGUGUCAUCAUUGAACUGAUUGAUGGUCUGUACUGGAGACAUAAUGGAAUGUGUGCUCAUGGAAAUAUUUUUAAAAAUCAAUCAAGUAUGGACUCCCGUUCCCAUGGUGAUGAUAUGCUCCGCCCUCUUCCUAAUAACGGUUCCAUUAGUGUUUGUAUCAGUAGAGAGGUGGUAUAUAUUAUUAGGACUGAUACUAGUAUUGACUGGUGCUCCUGUCUAUCUAUUAUUAGUACACAAUAAAUAUAGACCAGCUGUAUUUACAAGGAUAAGCAGUAUGAUAACUGAUGUUUCCAAUAAGAUAUUUUAUACUUCAUCAUUCAACAAUACUGAGGACAUAACUAUUGAAUAUUCAUAUCAAUAACUAUUAUAAAUAUUAUUUUAAUAUCAUCGACUGCAACUAAGUUUAUCUAAGCACCACUAUUGGUAGUGGUUUGUGUGGUUGU